AGAUUUUCUUUUUUGAUAAGCCAAAGGUAUCCCCAGCUCUAAGCUAGAAACUAAUUCUUCGAAGUACGAAUAUCCAUUUAAGGGUGUAGAUUUAGCAAUAUAAAUUGAAAGAAAUGGCUUCAUCAACGAACCAACCGUCAAAGAAAUCUUCUUUGCGUAAUACUGGAGGAUCGGAACAAGGAGGCGGGAAGCCAGGUAUAAAAUUUGCAAGAAGAACAUCAAGUGGAAGAUAUGUUAAUUUGUCAAAAGAAGACAUUGAAAUGUCUACAGAUGUAGCAGGAGAUUAUAUGAAUUAUACCGUUCAUAUUCCUCCCACUCCUGAUAACCAACCAAUGGAUGGUAAUUCUGUUGCAAUGAAAGCUGAAGAACAAUAUGUUUCCAAUUCUUUGUUUACCGGAGGAUUCAAUAGUGUAACAAGAGCUCAUCUAAUGGAUAGAGUGAUUGAUUCUGAGGUGACUCAUCCUCAAAUGGCAGGGGCUAAAGGAUCUAAAUGUUCAAUUUGUGCUGGAAAUAUUAUGAAGGAUGAGAGGGGACAUGAUGUGACUCCAUGUGAGUGUAGGUACAAGAUUUGCAGAGAUUGUUUUAUAGAUGCCCAAAGCGAUACUGGCAUGUGUCCCGGUUGUAGAGAGCCUUACAAAGUAGGAGAAUACGAGGAUGAUAACCAAGAUUAUGACACUGCAGCACUACCAUUACUGGCUCCACCUGGUUCCAAAAACAAUAUGUCAGUUAUGAAGAGAAAUCAAAAUGGAGAAUUUGAUCACAAUAAAUGGUUGUUUGAGACCAAAGGUACCUAUGGAGUUGGCAAUGCAUAUUGGCCUCCAGACGAUGAAAAUGGAGGUGAUGGUAUGCAUCAAGGAGUAUUUGAUUCUUCUGAGAAGCCUUGGAAGCCUUUGUGCCGAAAAAGAUCAGUUCCAAAUGGCAUCAUAAGUCCAUAUAGGUUGCUUAUUGGUGUUCGCUUAGUAGUAAUGUGCUUCUUUUUACAUUGGAGAGUGACACAUCCAAAUAAAGAGGCAGUAUGGUUGUGGGUUAUGUCAAUUACUUGUGAGAUAUGGUUCGGCUUUUCAUGGAUACUUGACCAAAUUCCAAAGCUUUCUCCAGUUAAUCGUAGCACUGACCUAGACGUCCUUCAUGAGAAAUUCCACGUUGUAACCCCGACAAAUCCCACAGCAAGAUCUGAUCUGCCUGGUUGUGACCUCUUUGUGUCGACGGCUGAUCCUGAUAAAGAGCCGCCUCUUGUAACUGCCAAUACCAUUCUUUCCAUAUUAGCAGUUGAUUAUCCAGUGGAGAAGCUCGCUUGUUAUGUUUCAGAUGAUGGAGGUGCUCUUUUAACAUUCGAGGCCAUGGCUGAGGCUGCAAGUUUUGCUGAUUUAUGGGUUCCCUUUUGUCGCAAACACAAUAUUGAGCCAAGGAAUCCUGAUUCUUACUUUGCCUCAAAUGUCGAUCCAACUAAGAACAAGAGCAGAUUAGAUUUUGUGAAGGAUAGAAGAAGGGUGAAGAGGGAGUAUGAUGAGUUCAAGGUGCGUAUAAAUGGCCUUCCGGAGUCAAUUAGGAGAAGAUCUGAUGCAUUUAACGCAAGGGAGGAAAUGAAGAAGAUGAAGCAAUUCAAGGAGAGUGGGGCUGAUCCUUCUAAGCCUAUCAAGGUAAUAAAGGCUACCUGGAUGGCUGAUGGCACCCAUUGGCCUGGUACGUGGGCUUCUUCUUCUAGCGAACAUGCUAAAGGUGACCAUUCUGGAAUACUUCAGGUGAUGCUAAAGCCUCCAAGUCCUGAUCCAUUAACGCGAAGUGCAAACAACAACAUCAUUGAUUUCAGUGACGUAGAUACACGUUUGCCGAUGUUGGUUUAUGUAUCUCGAGAGAAGAGGCCAGGUUAUGAUCAUAACAAGAAAGCCGGUGCCAUGAAUGCACUUGUUCGAGCAUCUGCAGUCCUAUCAAAUGGGCCAUUCAUUCUCAAUCUUGAUUGUGAUCACUAUAUCUAUAAUUGCAAGGCAGUAAAAGAAGGAAUGUGUUUCAUGAUGGACAAAGGUGGCGAAGACAUAUGCUAUAUUCAGUUCCCUCAAAGAUUUGAAGGUAUUGAUCCCUCAGAUCGCUAUGCCAAUCACAACACCGUGUUCUUUGACGGGAACAUGAGAGCCCUUGAUGGUCUCCAAGGUCCAUUUUAUGUGGGAACCGGGUGCAUGUUCAGGAGAUUUGCAUUGUACGGAUUUGACCCUCCCACGGGUGAUUGGAAAAUGACAAAAGCUAAAAAGAAAUUUUUCAAAAAAAGGAAAAAAUCCAAAAAACGUUCUGCCGAAGAAGAUUCUGAGACAACAAUGGAAUUGAAUACUAAAAGGAGUAGUGAGUUUGAUUAUUAUCUAGAUGUAGACUUGCUUCCUAAACGCUUCGGUAAUUCAGUCGAGUUGGCUAAGAGCAUACCUUUGGCUGAGAUCCACGGUCGCCCUCUUGCCGAUCAUCUUUCCAUAAAGUAUGGACGGGAACCAGGUUUGCUGACAUCUCCUCGUGACCCACUCGAAGCUAGUACUGUAGCUGAAGCUGUCUCUGUGAUUUCUUGUUGGUACGAAGAGAAGACAGAAUGGGGAGACAGAGUGGGAUGGAUUUAUGGAUCAGUGACAGAGGACGUCGUUACAGGUUACCGCAUGCACAACCGUGGAUGGCGUUCUGUAUAUUGCGUGACCAAGCGAGAUGCAUUUCGCGGAUCAGCACCAAUUAACCUUACUGAUCGACUACACCAGGUGCUAAGAUGGGCCACAGGUUCUGUUGAGAUUUUCUUCUCCAAGAACAAUGCAUUCCUCGCCAGUAAGCGCCUAAAACUUUUACAGCGUCUUGCAUACCUCAAUGUUGGAAUCUACCCCUUCACCUCCCUCUUCCUCAUUGUGUAUUGCUUUCUCCCGGCACUCUCAUUGUUCACUGGAUAUUUUAUUGUGCAAACCCUCAGUGUUGCCUUUUUAAUCUACUUGCUCCUCAUGACCGUGUGCUUGGUGGCGCUUGCAAUUCUCGAGGUUAAGUGGUCCGGUGUAGAGUUGGAGCAAUGGUGGAGAAAUGAACAGUUUUGGCUCAUUUCUGGCACUAGUGCUCAUUUGGCAGCUGUGAUACAAGGACUGCUAAAAGUUAUAGCAGGCAUUGAGAUUUCUUUUACUUUGACAACCAAAUCAGGAGGAGAAGAUGAUGAUGAUAUUUAUGCAGAUUUGUAUAUUGUCAAAUGGACCUCUCUAAUGAUUCCUCCAAUUGUCAUUGCUAUGGUAAAUGUGAUUGCCAUUGGGGUUGCGUUUUCUAGAACAAUUUAUAGUGCAGUUCCACAAUGGAGUAAGUUUAUAGGAGGAGCAUUCUUUAGUUUUUGGGUUCUUGCACAUUUGUAUCCAUUUGCAAAAGGAUUGAUGGGAAGGAGAGGGAAGACACCCACCAUUGUAUAUGUGUGGUCAGGUCUCAUUGCAAUUACACUUUCUUUGCUUUGGAUUGCCAUUAGCCCGGCCGAGGGUGGUACUGAAAAAAGUGCUAGCGGAAAUUUCCAAUUUCCAUGA